AUGAAUUUUAAUGGCACACAGGGACUUAAUGUGCUUGGACCAAGCGAUUUAAGUCAAGACGAACAAGUCGAAUGGAAUGAUUAUAUUAGUAGAGUUUUACCUUCCCAAGUUCAAAAUCUAGUUCAACAAAAGCUUGAAGAGCGAAACUUAGUAAUCCAAAAUGAUGAGAAGAGAACAGAGAAGGAUAUGAAUUUUACAGAAGAUCAGCUCUGGAAAUUGUUUACCUCAUUAGAUAACCCUUAUUGGAGUCAAACUCCAAAUGUAGCAAUCCCUACUGAAAGAUCAUCAUUUGUGUCAAAAUCUUUUGUGAAAGGUUUAAUAUUUGGUCAAUUAAGUGUUGUUAUAUUACUGAUAUUUUUCAUUAAGGUAUUUUUGUUUAGUGAAAACCCAUCAAAACAAAAAAGAGAUACUAAACAUGCAUUUGAUAAAGAUGAGUUAAAGAGUGAUAUAAACAAUUGUGGUGUUCAAACAUCCAAUUCAAGUAUUAUAUCUAAAAGCUUCUUAGCCUCUCUAAUGAGAAAACAAAAUUCAAACGUACCAGAUGACGUGGAAAAUGAACGUUAUCGCCAACUAAUAAACAUUCUAGAAAAAACAUCUUAUAACGUUGAAACCCAUGCAGCUGAGUCAUUAGAUUGGUUUAACGUUCUUGUGGCCCAGAUUUUACAACAAUUUAGGGAAGAAGCUUGGCAAAAAAAUAAAAUUGUGCAUUCAUUAAAUGAUUUCAUUGAGAAAAGAUCGAAUGAAUUACCACGCUAUUUAGAUAUAAUUAAAGUCACUGAAAUUGAUACAGGGGAAGGGUUUCCUAUUUUUUCAAAUUGUAGAAUUGGGUAUUCCCCAAAUAGCAAUAAGCAGAAAUUAGAAGCAAGAAUUGAUAUUGAUGUAAAUGAUAGAAUAGCAUUAGGAGUAAAAACACAACUACUUUUAAAUUAUCCAAAAUUUGCAAGUGCUGCUUUGCCAUUAAAUGUUACAGUUGCAAUAGUUAGAUUUAAAGGCUGUUUGACAGUCUCAUUGGCUACUGCAGAGGAGUUUGGUAUAACCUCAAAUCUUGAAAAUGAUCAAGAAGAUUCCGAUGAAAAUAAAGGUUAUUUUUUGGUAUUUUCAUUUUCACCAGAUUAUAUAAUGGAAUUUGAAACAGGUUCAUUGGUUGGGGCACGGUCAAAAUUAGAAAAUAUUCCAAAGGUAGCAGGCCUAAUUGAGUCUUAUAUUCAAAAUUGGUUUAUUGAGAGGUGUGUAGAGCCAAGAUUUCAAUUUAUCAAGUUGCCGAGUAUCUGGCCAAGAAGUAAAAAUACAGGGCAGGAAAUCACUCUUCCUGUGGACUCAAAUAUAGGUAUUUCAGAAAAUCAGUGA